AUGGUACAGAUUUUGUUGCCUGGAAUAGUUGCCAACAUUAUGAGUUUGGGCUAUAACUUUGACGAUACAGAAGCGUUUCUGUCGUCGCUGAACACUGAUCGGCCUGAGUCUGAUAGGUCGAACCCGUCGAACCUGCUGGAUUUUGAGAAUUCUUCAGGUCUGGACGAGUACACGAAAACCGAUAUCAAAAUUGAGGAUGAGAUUGAUGACUGGAUAGAUUAUGGUGCCCUCCAACAGAAAUAUGUGCCGCAGACGGCCGAGGACACUCCGGAUUCUAAUAACGAGUCUGUGCCUAUGGUAUCGCCGCCGGAUUCGUUUACCUCCAUGUCCGAAACGUCCUCCGUUAACGCCAAAAGGGCGACUACAAACUCAAAGGUCACCAAGUUGAAGAAAGAGCGGCACUCGCACAAUGUGGUGGAGAAAAAAUAUCGGAUGAAUAUCAAUAACAAGAUUCUUGAGCUCCGUGACGCAGUGCCGUCGCUUCGGGUCGCAUCCGGAGACAAACGAAUAGCAGCUACAGACCUGGACGGACUUACACCCGCGUUGAAGCUGAACAAGGCGAACAUUCUCGCGAAAGCUACCGAAUACAUCCGCCACCUGGAGUCUAAAAAUGCGUAUUUAAUGAACGAGAUCCACAUGCUGCGCUCUAGUCUUGAUAACCAGAUGGCAAACAAUUAUACCCAACAAACACAAUACUUCAGUCCGGAACUGCAACAACAGCCUCAGCAAAAUCAAUACGGGAGCCAAAACCAAACUUAUGUGAUGAAUUCAUCUCCUGUUCCCGUGGCUUCCAAACUUCUUAUGGGAGGGAUGACAGCCAUGGUUGGAACACAGCUGUUUGAGGGCUUCAGCGACGACAGCUUCAAAGGACUGUUUUUGGUGCCGUUGCAUCGGAUUUUCCCUCUUGUUGACUCUCCUCAGGCAUCUGUGGUGUUCAAUUAUCUGCGGACGUUACUUUUCUUUGGUGGACUCUUCUUGCUGUUGCAACCCGUAUACCAAUUUUUCGCAGCUCCUAAGGAAAAGGCGCCGACUCCAAUACGAACGGCAUUUGACGUUAGUCUCGGGGAGCUGGCACUAGACACGCUGAAAAUGCUGGGAAUCAAGCUCAGAAUUCUGAAGCUUGAUCUAACGGAAGAAUUGAAUGGCAUCAACUCGUUGAAUCUGUACUUUGAAAAGUGGCUCGUCAACACGCUCUCGAAUCAGGAAACAAUGUCCUACAGCACUAUUUGGAGGCCGUUUUUCAAGUAUUAUAUUCGGUCGCUUGCUAUCGAUGGCCGCAUCAUUGAGGUAGUCAAAUCUAAUUCCAGUAUCCAGUUCCACUUCAACAGGUUAAUUGUUGCAAAGAUGGUGAUGAUGAAAGUGGGAGAGCCCCUGAGCAGUUUUCUAGGGCUUCAGCGAAUGCUCGACAGUUUGAUGCUAGGAAUGGUGAAAGAUUUGAAACAAAUCAAAGACUCGGCCAAGUAUUCUGACGAGACUGCUCGCAUUCUCAAAUUCGUGAGUAACGAUAUCGCAUUCUUGGAUAGCGAAGAAUUAUUUGAAAAGCUGAUCGAUGUGCUGAAGUGGAGAGAGACCAACAACAACGGCUCUUACAUUGAGGAGUUUCUCAGGAAUUCUGAGGACUCUGAUCUCUCCUUAAUCAAUCUGAUUUGUGCCAUUCGCUCCUCCCAGAUUUUGAACGAGCUCAUGAAAGAAUACCUUUCGCAACUAGCUGAAUCUACAAGCGAGUCCGAGGAGUCAGGCGAAACGCAAAUGGAUGCAGAUACAAUUUAUGAAAAAAUCAAUUCAGACAGCCUAGUGAUACCGCCAGCCUGCGUCAAGCUUCAAAGAUUAAGAAUUGUACUGAACAGCUUGCUGAAGCCAACAGCCGAGAACGCCCGAAAAACUCUUGAGGCGGCAAUCGGCGCCGUGAAGGAUGUGGUCGAAUUCAGCGAGGCGAUUGAGCAGAUCGAGCCCGUGCAACAAGACGAGUCUGGCGUUGAAGAUCCGACCAUCUCAAAAAUUCUUCAGUUCGCACACCAGCCUCUGCGCCCUCCAAAACUUGCUAACGACGAAACAAGGCUUACACUCACUUGUGUGUUGAUGCUGCACUUCUUUGAAGUUGGCCAGGUGGGCCAGGCGUGCCGUUUAGUGCGCUACUUGAGCCUUUCGCAGUCGACAGAGACAGUUUCAUUGCUCACGUUAAUCAGCGUUUUGCGAGCCGUAAGCGUCUUGGGUGACCAUCUGGAUACGCUUGAUGGGGAUCUCCACAGCAGGCAGACUGUGGGCUCGCUGGUUGCGUUCUUGCGGUUGCACGUUGGCUCGACCACAAAACCGUCCUUGGUUUCAAAAUCUAUGACGGAUAACUCCCAUCAUCAGCUAGUGGACGAUGCCAUCGAUUACGAUGUGCGAGACUUAGAUUAUGAACUAAAGAGUAGCGUCAGUCACAAGCUAGUAUGCCUGGGCAGACAACUUCUUGGUGACAGCGAGCUGUGA